UGCCUGCGUAGUGCGUAGGAAAAAACUACCGCAACUUCUUCAAUUGGUUUCCUGCGCAUUGGUCCAAGCAGACGAUUGUAUUUGAAAAAAAAGUAGUCCGAAAUGGCAGCGCGAAACAUGUGGAAGUCUUAUUUACUUUGGUGUGCAAAUGAACAUGUGUCAUUCAGAAUUCCUGAAGUUGAAUCGGUUUUAGCUAUGUACAAAAUUCCACAUACGUGGAUCGAGAAACCAGAAGAAAAUCCUUGGAUGCUGAUUUCUAUGCCAAGUGAAGAUUGUGCAGUGAAGCUUAUGAAAAGAUGUGUCACUGUCCGGUCCAUCAUCGAGCUAUGGGCACAAUCAACAACAAAAGAGCAUCUUGAUGACCAGUUAAAAACCUUGCCUGCAGAGUUCACAUCUUAUUUUAAGAAGGAAAAUAAAUUCAAAGUUGUGGUGGAUAUAUUUAAUAAAGUAAUAAGCCAAGAGGAAAAAAUCCAAAAAAUUGAGUCUUUCAGUUACCUGCCAAUUCUCGGAUCUGCCAAUUUGAAAAACCCUGACGUUACAUAUUAUUAUUACGAAUUCUUUGGGCUGGACGCUGGACGUAUUCCUGAGAAUCCUUUUAAUUACUUUUUUGGCCGAUGGAUUUCAGAUAGUGAACGAACAGCAGUAGCCAAAUACUCUCUCAAAACUCGGCACUUUAUUGGCAACACAAGCAUGGAUCCUCAACUGUCCAUGAUUAUGGCAAACCUCGCGCAAAUUGACAAUGGCCAUAUAGUUGUUGACCCGUUUGUUGGAACAGGUUCUCUUCUGGUAGCAGCAGCUCAUUUCGGUGGUUAUGUUUGCGGAACGGAUAUAGAUUACCUCACUAUUCACGGAAGAAUGAAACCAACUAGAGCUCACCAAAAGAAACGCCAGCCAAAUGAAGACAUCAAGGGAAACCUAAAGACUUAUAACCUUUUUUCACGCUAUUUGGACGUCUUUGUGGGUGACGCAUCAACGCCCGUUUGGAGGUCGAAUUUCCGUUUCGACUCCAUCAUAACCGAUCCUCCUUAUGGAAUUCGUGAAUCAACCUAUAAAGUGGGUAGCAAGAAAAUCGCCCCUAUUCCGGAUGAGAUGCUGUCGACACAUUUUCCUUCUAAAACUCAGUACGGUUUAGGCGACAUCUAUAAAGAUCUUCUUAAUUUUGCCGCCAAUAGUCUCAAACUGCAUGGCCGACUGGUUUUUUGGAUUCCAAUCAUACGAAUGGAGUAUGAUCCAGACCUCCUACCUGAACAUCCUUGUUUGGAAACUAUAGCCAACAGUGAGCAGAUCCUAAAUUUGCAUUCCAGCCGUCGAUUAAUAACUAUGCAAAAGAUUAUGGAACCAAAGGAGGCUGAAGAUUCAGCAAUAAUCCACAACCUGCAGUACACAUUUCGACACAAGUUCUUCAAUACCAGCGAAAUCAAAGGACAUGGAAAGGAAGACGAAAGUGCGCGAAAUCUAACGAAAAGAAGCAAACGGGGAAACGGAAUAGCAAAAUUGCCAUGUGAUAAGUAACCUAACAGUUUUUUUAUAUGCAAUACAAUACACAAGUGGGUAAGUGCAUCGACCCGUCCUUUUUUAAUUCAGUAAGUUAUUAUUAUUUUCAAAGCGUCAUCUUCUUGGGCAGUCUAACAUCGCCGACUUUGAUAGGCGAAAUGAAAUCACAGAAAAUGUUUUCGGCUUGAAAUUGUGGAGAACUAAGUUCUAAAAGGUUGGAAAUGAAAACUGAAAAGAUGUAACUAGAAAAGAAAAGGCUACUGUUGAAACCUGUCAUCAACGAGAGAAAGAAUUUUAUGUUUAGUGUGACAGUUAUAGCCGGUUAUAGCAUGGUUAUAGUAUAUCUUUUUUAUCGGAAGUAUUUAAAAAUUUGAAAAAAAGCUUGAUAACUUAAAAGACGGAGGGCUGUUCAAACAACGUAAAAAAAAAUUUCGUAGAAAUAUAUGCUCAGUUGCUCACAGAGGACUAUGAUCCAUCACUUCGGCCAAUGCUACCGGCAUCGAAGACCAAAUGAACUUUGUCACAGUGCAGCACUCGCAGAAGAAAGAAUUUUUCUGUAUCUGUCGCUAACCGUACGAUUAUUCCGAGUUGCAUGCAUGGUCACUGUCUCGGCGUUCUGUAUGAGUCGAUCGAAAGUACACGUUAUUUACACAUGUCCCAUUUGUGAACGUAUACGCGUAUACGUUAAUUACUUUGUUUCAGGAAUGCCCCACCAGGUGUCACUGCAGUUUAACAACAACAAUGGCUGCCAUUCUCCACAUUGAUUAGUGCCUGUUAGUGCUUAGUGGUCUGUCUUUCAUGUUUCGAUGCAGUAUUAUAUCAGGAGGAAACCUGAAAGUUGUGCAGCCUAUCGUCGACUAUUUUGUUCCAAAUCAUUGUAUUCAGACUACUGAUUGUGCCAUCAAAAUUAUACUGGUAUCAACCAACACUAGCUUUAUUACAGUAUUGCUGAAACAUAUCACCAACCCCAGCACGGACCAGUCUAUCAUUCCAUCUUCUAGAGAACCUUGGGUAACUGAUUGAUGGUUUCAUGUGUUUCUAAAUUGACAUUACAGACUUGAUGUGAAGUCAUGUCCUUUCAAGAAAAAGGACAAGGGCUUAGUCAACAAGAUUCAUUGUUUUCUAACUCGUCUCGUUCCGUUGAAUCUCCCCUUUACUUCCUUACACAGGCCCUCUUGUUUGGAGGGUAAUUCCUUCGUGAACUUCAUCCAUUGCUGAAAACCAACGAGAUCAUGCUGUAAUUCAAGACCGAUAAUUUGUCUAGUUAGCUAAAUUACAAGUGCAUAUCUGGG